AUGGGAAACAAAGGAUGUUGGACGUGUAGAGGUAACAUUCAAUUCACCCUCUACUCAUAUUUGAAUCAGGCUGAAACUGACUUCUGUUUGAAACUUAAUACAGCGCGCAAAGUGAAAUGUGAUUUGAACCGACCGGUGUGCGACAAAUGCGCCAAGGCGCGUCAAACUUGUCGCGGAUUUGGCAUCCAGCUAUCUUGGCCACGGGAAACAGACAAGCGACGAGCAAUAGUCAAUCACAAUAUAGCGAGACCAAGAGCAAAUUCACGGUCGCAGCAGAAGGGUGACCGUGUGUUCUUGAAUACCUCUUACUGGGAUGUCUCAUUGUCAGAUGCACUCAUCGAGAGAAGAGAUCUUGGUAAUAGUUAUCUGCUAUGGAUUCCUACAAUACGUCACAUUUGCACCUAA